AUUUUUUCAUUUCGUUUUAGAUUAUAAUCUAUGUGUCACAUAUGUGUCGCUGUUGUUGUGAUUAAUUAUCAUUUUUUUUUCGUCGUCAUUGUUGUUUGUUAAUCAUUCCACAUCCGAUGGCUACAUUUUCUGAGAAAAAAAAAUUUUUUUGACUAAAAAAAAUUGUGGAUGAUCGUCACCAAUCCGGCUAAAUUAAUGAGCAAGGGGAUACUGAGAAAACAAAAAAAUUCUAAAACACCAAACCACAAUCACCAUGGUGACCAGAAAAAGAAACAAAGAGAGAAACAAAUCAACAAAAAAAACCAGAAUGUUGUGAAUAUAUUCAAUGAUGGUGGUAAAAAAAAAUCAAUAAAAGAAUCAAUUUCUUCUCAAGAUUAUUAUUGCUAAUCUGGCCUUUAAAAUCAUCUUGUUAAUACCAUUGUCAUUUGAAUAAAGAUAAAACAACAUGAAAAGAAUCUAUUCAAUACCAUGUACAUCGAUGACAUCGAAUAUCAAUGAUCAAUGUUUAUUUAAAUGGCAGACAAAAAAAUCUAAAUAUUUAGCCAUUUCUACUGAUAAUAUUGUCAAUAUAUACAAUAGACAUGGUGAACAUAUUGAUCAGAUCAACCUGUUUGGUUAUUGUACAGCACUUUGUUGGGAUGAAGAUGGUGAUUGGCUUGCAAUCAUUACAAAUCGUUCAUCAUUAAUAUUUCUUUGGAAUUCAAUUACACAUAAACUUGAACAAAUUGAUACUGGAAUGAAAGAAAUAUUGACAACAAUUUCAUGGUCAAAAUUGAAUCAUUCAAGUUUAUUUGUUGGUACAGCAAAAGGCAAUAUACUCAUCUAUAAUAAUCAAACAGCUCGUAAGAAUCCAAUUUAUGGUAAACAUACAAAACGUAUAAUUGGCUGCUGUUGGAAUUCAAUUGGUACUAGCAAUAUGAUUGCCGUUAUUGGUGAAGAUCGUGUUUUAACUGUAAACAAUGAAGAUGGUGAUACAUUGAGUCAUAAUCAAUUGAAAGGUGAUGGAUCGAAUGUAAAAUUUUUUCAUUCAUAUCAAGAUAUGAUUACGAAUUAUAAUAACAAAAAUUCAUCAUCAUCAUCAUCAUCAACAUCGACAACAACAACAACAACAACAACAGCUGCAAUAUCGGCAUCAUCUGUUAAUAAAAUCGAUAAUAGUGUUUGUCUUGUAUUGAAUAAACGAAUGUUAUUCAUGAUGAAUAUACAGGAUAGUGAAAAUUCAUUUAUAUUAAAUUUUAAGGAUUGGUAUGAAAAUAUUAUCGAUUAUUAUUGUUAUCCAAGUGGAAAUAUUUUCAUUGCAUUCACAUCCGGUUUAAUUAUAACCGUAUCAACGGGUAUGAAAAAUUUUGGUGUAGAAUUAUUACAGAUCAAAGCACAUAGAGAAUCAAUGACAACAUUCAGUGUUUGUUUGAAUAUUAAUCGGAUUGCAACUUGUGAUGAGAAUAAUAUAAAAAUAUUUAAUCUUUAUGAACAUAAUGAUAUUGAAAAUGUAUUCACUGUGGAUGAUGAACCAUCAAUUGUACAAAUUGAUUGGACAGCCGAUGGACAAUUAUUGGCAUUAUGUUCCAGUUCUGGUAAUAUUCAUGUUUAUUUAUCACAAUUGAAAAUUAUUGGCGACAAUUGUGGUACUAGUUUAGCAUUUUUAUCAUCAUUAUUAGAAGUAACCAUAUUCAAUGUACAUGAAGAGAUACAAGAUUCAGUGAUGAUUGUACGUAUUGAAAUUGAACCAUCACGUUUAGCUAUUGGUCCAUUUCAUUUAGCCAUAGCAAUGAAUAAUAAAAUUUGGCUUUAUGUUCUCACAGAAAUUGAAAUGCCACCCACAGAAUGUGAAUAUAUGGGCAUUAUUAAAGAAUUUAAAUUAAAUCAAUUCUAUAUGGCAAUAUUGUUCACAAAUGGUUCAUUACAAUUUCAUCCUAUUGAACAACAACGCCAUCAAUCGAAUAAUAAUAACAAUGAUGAUAAUCGGCCACAAUAUUUUACAUAUCCAGAUGGCCAAAAACAAGAAUCUAUUGGUGUGAAUAAUAAAAAAAUUUCCGUUACAUCAUUAUGUUUGACCAAUGAAUUUCUUAUAUUUUCAACCGAUAAUGGUACAAUUAUUUAUUUUAUUAUUGAAGAUUGGAACACCACUGUUGUAUAUCGUCACCGGGAAUCAAUACAAAUGAUUGAAUGUAAUCAGAAUGGUACCAGAUUAGUGUUGAUUGAUUCAAGAAAUGAUGCUUAUGUUUAUAAUGUUUAUGGUGAAACAUUAAUAUCAAUACCUACUGAUCAUGUACCAUCGAAACCGGUAAAAAUCCUAUGGGAAAGUUGGAUACAUGAUCAUUGUGUGUUUACUAUUUGUGAUCACAAAUUCAUUCAUGUUUAUUCAUCACCAUUAACUACUAUAAAUGGAUCUAUUGUUGAUUUUGUUGGCCGUAUGAAAAUUCCAAGUGGACAAUAUCCACUUUUAUUAUAUAAUGGUGUUGUUGUUUGUCAAACGAAAAGUGGUAAAACAUCGAAUUUUGUAUUAUCCACUCAUGAUUAUGCUAUCAAAAAUAAUUCCAAUACAACAACUAUACCAUCAACAUUUAAACGUGAUGUUUUUCGUAAUAUCCUCAAACUUCGCCGUUAUCAAGAUGCAAUAAAAAUCUGUAAUUUUCUUGGACCAGAUGAAUCCGAAGAUCUUUGGAUCGCUGUUGGUCGUGCUGCAAUUCAGGAUUUAGAUUUAAAUGUAGCAAUAUGUGUGUAUCAAAAAUUACAAAAAUUUACUAUCGUUUAUUGUCUAGAAAAUUAUCGUAAUCAAUCAGAAUAUUGUCUAUUAUGUGGCCUGUUGGCUGAAAUGUUGGCCGAUUAUGAUCUGGCACAGAAACAUUUUCUGAAUUCAUCGCAACCAAUACGAGCACUUGAAAUGCGUAAAAAUCUUCAACAUUGGAAUGAAGCAUUGGCUUUAGCACGACAUUUAUCACCCGAUGAUAUACCGGCCAUUUCUCGUGAACUUGCAUUCAAUCAAGAAUUACGACAAGAAUAUUCAAAAGCAUUGAAAAAUUUCGAGAAUGCUUUGAACAGCCAAUCAUCUGGUGAUGUUGAUGGUGAAGAAACGAAAAAAGAACCCAAAGAGCUCGAUCAUAAUAGUGAACAUGUACAGCUUUGUUUGGCCGGUAUCGCAAGAAAUUCAAUUCGUUGUGGUAAUCUCAAAAAAGCUUUAAUCAUUGCCCAUCGUUUGGAUGAAGCAAAAUUGAUACAGGAAUGUGCAUCAAUUUUGGAAAAUUUAAAUCAUAUUCAAGAAGCUGCCGCUCUGUAUGAACAAUGUAAACAUUAUGAUCAAGCAGCUAUAUUAUAUCUAAAGGUAAAAAAUUCAGCCAAAUUAUCCAAUCUUAUAUCGAUGAUAACGGAUCAUGAAAUUCUUGGUCAAUAUGGUCGAAUUAAAGAAAUGGAAAAACAAUUUCGUCAUGCUGCCGAAAUCUAUUCGAAAGCUAAACGAUGGGAAGAUGUGGUUCGUAUUAAUCUUGAUCAUUUGAAUAAUCCAGGUGAAGCUGUAAAAAUUGUUCGUGAACAUCAAUCGGUUGCUGGUGCAAAAUUGGUUGCCAGAUUUUUUCAACGUCUCAAUGAUAUGACAGCGGCUAUUGAAUUUUUAAUAAUGUCCAAAUGUUAUGAUGAUGCAUAUAAUCUGGCAUUGACAACAAAACAAAUCGACAUUUAUGCUGAUAUAAUGCAAUAUCAUGCUACUGAUGUUGAUAUUCAUGAUCAACAUGAUGAUGAUGAUGGUGGUGGUGAAAAUGUUGACACCAAAGACCCAUCAUUGUUGAAUGGAAAUGAUCAAAAAGUUUCGAAUAAAAAUGAAAAUAGAAUGGCAAUGGCCAAUCUUCAACAUUUUCGUACGAUUGCCAUCUAUUAUGAACAAGAGAAUAAUCUAUUCAAAGCUGGUAAAUUUUAUUGUCUGGCAAGAAUGUGGCAAAAAGGCGUUAAAUUAUUGUUGCAAUCAUCAACAGCAUCAGGUCAACGAAAUUCAAUAAAUAAUGACCAUCAAAUGAUGAAUAACAAUAAUAAUAAUAAUAAUGCAAUUGAAUUGGCAAUCGAUGCAGCUACACAUGCACAUGAUGAACAAGUAACAAGAUUGAUACUUGAUUAUUUAAUGGGUGAAACCGAUGGUAUACCAAAAGAUUUUAAAUUCUUAUUUCGUUUAUAUAUGAAAAUGAAAUAUUAUGUUGAAGCGGCUAAAACGGCCACAAUAAUUUCUCAUGAAGAACAGUUGUCCGGUAAUUAUCGUAAUGCACAUCAACUAUUGUAUAGUAUGUGUGUUGAAUUACAUGCAAAUCAUAUAGCUAUACCAUCGGAAAUGGCAUUCAAUCUAAUGUUGAUACAUAGUUAUAUGUUGGCCAAAUUGUGGAUACGGAUCGGUGGCCAUCAGAUAAGCGCAAAAUUAUUGAUACGAGUCUAUGAUAAUAUAAAUCAAUUUCCUUCACAUUCUGUACAGAUUUUAACAUUUGUCGUUAUUGAAUGUAUUAGAGCUGGUUAUGUUCGUAAUGCACUUAAAUAUGCUUAUACAUUAAUGAAACAAGAUGAUCUUGAUAGAAUUGAUACAAAAUUGAAGAAAAAAAUUGAAAAUCUUGUACGUAAAUCGGCUUCUUCCGAAAAACGAUUGUCUAGCCAUGAAGAACUACGACAAGAAUUAUGCAUCAAUUCAAAUCCAUGUCCAUAUUGUAGUGAACCAGUGGCCGAUGAUGAAUUUGUCUGUAACGGAUGUCGUACAGCUAUACCGUUUUGUAUUGCAAGUGGAAUGCAUAUCCGUUUAUCGGAUCUAACUAAAUGUUCUUAUUGUCAUUUUCCGGCCAUAAAAUCAUAUCUAUUGGAAUUGUUACAAUCAUCAAUGAUAAAAAAUGGUAAAAAUGAAGACGACGAUGAUGAUGAUGAUGGUGGUGGUGGCAAUCGUUUUUGUCCAAUGUGUGAGCAUAAAAUUAAUAACAAUCAAUUGGAACGAAUAACAAUGGAUGAGAUUUUCAAUCUAAAUGAUUUAGGCAACAGAAACAACAACAACAACGACAAUAAAUUUUGA